AUGUGGAAAUUGGGCGAUAAAUCUCAAGCGAAACAAUUAUCAAACGAAAAACAAGAAUUAUACAAUCAAAUGAACGAUAAAAAUCGUAAAGCAGCUGAACUUAUAUUCCAUUUUUACAAUAAAAAUUGUCCAUCAAGUGUUAUUGAUUUACAUGGCCUGCGUGUUGAUGAAGCUCUCACAUUUUUGAGUAAAAAAGUACAUGACUGUAGUGCAAAUGGCAAUAAUCAAUUAACGGUUAUAACGGGCAUUGGAAACAAUUCGAAAGAACAAACCCCAAGAAUUAAACCAGAAGUCAUACAAUUUGCUCAAAGAAAUAAAAUAACGGUUGUUUACACCCCAAAUGAAGGUCAACUGAUACUUGAGCUGAAUGCAGUGCAGGCUGAACGCCACAUGAACGAAACGAGUUGUUGUACGAUUUUGUGA